UCCGCUCCGACCUAUCAUCCGCAAGCACAGCGCUUCGAUCAGACUUCCUUCGUCGGACGCUUUUCCAAAAUGCUACUCGCUUGUGAUCCCCGACUCCUCUUUUAUACCGAAGCGCAAGUCAAGCGUUCGCAAGAAAUGAUACAGAACUAUAAAGACUUCCAAGGCACCGUGCACAACCGCGCAUUGUGGGAAGCCCGAAGGAUUGUGGACGCCGCCCUACAUCCCGAUACCGGAGAAUUCAUUCCGAGACCCUUUCGGAUGAGCGGAUAUGUCCCCUACAACGGACCUAUUUGUGUCAGCAUGGUGGCGAGUACCUCCACUCCCGCUUUGCUCUUUUGGUCAUGGGCCAACCAGUCACAGAAUGCUCUAGUCAACUACUACAACCGCAACGCUUCCAGCGACAUGACCAACGAAACAUUGGCCAUCAGUUACGCCGCUGCGGUAGGAUCCGCACUCCUCGUCGCCUUUGGCCUCGCUACGACUAUUCAGAAGCGCUUCGAACCGGCACGCGCCAAAGCUAUGUUGCGCUGGGUAGCCUUCCCAUCGGCCGUCAUUGCCUCCAGUCUCAACUGCUACAUUGUCCGUAGUCCGGAAAUCGAGUCCGGGAUUCCCCUACUCGACGCUGACGGCAACGACAUUCUCCCCGGCGCCACGAGUUCCAUCGCCGCCGCCCAGGGUGUUUACGCCACCACACUCUCCCGGGCUAUUCUACAGGCACCCGUCUAUUUCGUGCCGCCCCUACUCCUCACCGCGGUUCCCCCCAUUCGACGCUAUCUACAACGCAACCCGCGCAUGACCGUGCCGAUCACCACCGGCCUCGUCUUGACUAGUUUCGGACUCGGACUUCCCCUGACCGUGGCAAUUUUUCCGCAAAUGGCAACGUUGGACGCUCAGGACGUCGAAUCACAGUUUCAGCAUUUGCGUGAUCCCCUCACGGCGCGGCCCUACGAGCAGUUCUUCUACAACAAGGGAUUGUAA